GUGAAAGACGACGGCCAAGAGAAAUAAUAAUAAAUCACUAAAACCAUAUCAUUUUUCUUGCACAUUUACUGGAAAACCCCCAAACCGUCAAACUGGCCGCUGCAAUAGCAAUGAAUUCCCACUUCCAGCCGUAUUCCGAACUUUCAACAUCGCAUUCGCCGAGUCCUGAAAGUAGUGUCUGUUACACAAAUCUAUCGGAAACAAAUGGUGGCAGCGGUGGUGGUGGUGUCGGCAGUGGUGGUAAUGCUGGUGGAUCAUCAAGCAACAACGUUGGCUCUGUAGGUGGAAGCAAUGGAAAUGGUAAUGCUGGUGGCAAUAAUAGCAUUGGCGAACGCAUUAGCAGCAACAGCAAUAGUAUCUCUUGCAACGGAAGUAACAUGGUGGUGCACCACCAAAAUGGACACAGUCUUUCACUAAAUGGUGUAGUUGGCGGUGGUGGUGGUGGAGGUGGCAGUGGUGGUGUAGGUGGUGGAGGAGGUGAUGGGAACAAUGGUGGUGGAAGUGGUUGCGGUGGCAAUGGCAAUGGUAGUCGCAGUAACCAGCCAGCUUUUCACCAGUUGAACAACAACAAUAAUUGUGCAGUUAAACAGUGUUCUGGUUGUGGAGGAAAAAUCAUUGAAAGAUACUUUCUCCAUGCUCUGGACAGAUACUGGCAUAACUCGUGCCUCAAGUGCUAUUGCUGUGGGGCAAUGCUAGCUGACAUUGGAUCUAGUUGCUAUACAAGAGGUGGUAUGAUCCUUUGUAAACCCGACUAUUCCAGAAUGUUUGGCACGGCACCGUGUUCAGCAUGUGGACAAACAAUUGCACCAAAUGAAUUUGUUAUGAGGACUACAUCGCCGAUAAGUAGUCAGCAAAAACAACAGCAACAACAACAGCAGCAGCAACAACAACAACAGAAUCAGCAUCCUAUUCAAACAGGACACAGUCAAGCGCCACCUGGUGUCGGUGGGGUCGAGAAUCAGAGGCAUUUUCAAACACAUCAGAAUCUGCUCACCCAUCCGCAGCAUCAGCAUCACAUACCAGUGGAGCAUCACGUUUUCCAUUUGAAGUGCUUUGCUUGUUCAAAGUGUGCAUCACAACUUCGACCUGGUGAUAGAUACUACAUGCUUGGUGGCAGCUUAGUUUGUGAACAAGACUGGCACAAGUUAAUCAAAACAACGUCCACAAAUCCCCCUGUACGCAAAGGCAAAGUUGGCAGACCAAGAAGAUCCAAAGACUGAGAAGUUGCCACACGUU